AUGGCGCUGUCCCAGAUACAGUGUCUGGACGAUAACCACGUGAACCCACGGACCCACGAGUCCAAACCGGAGUUCCUCUACUGUGAAGACCAGAGGCUUGCGCUGGAAGCUCUUCUCAAAGGUGGUCGCGAGGCGUUUAUUAAGUGCUUGGAGGCUCGAGGCCUACGGGGUUUUCUCUCAGACCCAGAGCUGGAUACGCUCGUGGGGUCGGCGGAGCCCUUUGACCCGGACGCGGAUCUCUUCUCGGAGAGUGCCGAAGACGAUGACCCCCCUCUGUCUCAGCACUACUGGCCCGAGCUGUCGGACACGACCAUCCCGCAAAUGGACCUGGGCUGGCCAGAUAAUGUGUCAUACCGGGGGGUCACACGAACUACCGUCUACUCACAACCUCCGCUAGAAGGACAGACGCACAUCAAAGAAGUUGUUCGGAAAAUGAUUGCGCAGGCGCAGAAGGUUAUCGCAGUGGUGAUGGAUGUGUUUACUGACGUCGACAUCUUCCGAGAUCUGCUAGAUGUGGGUUUUAAGAAAAAGGUUUCUGUGUACAUCCUGUUGGAGCACGCAUCUCUACCUCAUUUCCUGUCUAUGUGUCAGAGGGCCAACAUGCAUGCAGGACAUCUCAAGCACCUGCGUGUACGCUGCACAAAUGGAGCAGAGUUCUAUUCUCGGUCAUGCAGAAAGGUCCAAGGGCAAAUGGGACACAGAUUCAUGUUCAUUGAUGGAGACAAAGCCGUGUCUGGGUCGUACAGUUUCACUUGGAUGUCAGCACGGCUGAACAAAAACCUCAUCACUGUGGUUACAGGCCAGGCAGCAGACACCUUUGAUAGGCUGUUUCGUACCCUUUACUCAACCUCCAGCGCUGUUGACCUCCGACAGGUUGCUACAGAACCAGAACCUCAGCCAGAACCCAUCUCACAGCCAGUCCCAGCACCCCUUCCUAGCGCAGCUAUUGCAAGGAAACUGCACAACCCGAAAUAUGCCCUGGUUAACCUUGGCAACCCCAACCCGCCUGCUGAAAACAACCCUAAAGAGACCCAAAAUUCAGAGAACUCUAAAAACCUAGAGGAAACUGACAAAAAAAAGAGAAGAGGGGCAAGUAAAGAAGAUAUACAAGAUCCUCAGAUCCACCCUGGACUUGUCAAUCUAGAGAAAGUAUGCUUGAUAUCAUACCUGCCCACCUGGCCUGAGCCGGACCCCCCAAAAGAUGUGAUUGGGUUCAUAAACAUUGUAGAUGCCAAAAAAUCAAGUCAAGUCCAUCUACAGCGAUCUGAGUUGUUUGAAACUAGCCAAGCCAUUAGGUUCAGUAGUCCUUUCAGCAUGCCAAAGGAAACCCUUCCAGAUGUCGCCAUGCCUCGCCAAAUUUCUGAAAAACUUGAGAUGAAUACACUCCAACCAACAAAUGAUAAAGCCAAGGUUAAGGAGUCACAUGUGGAUAAAGCUGCCCUUAACACAAGGCCUGGUGAACUCAGAAGUAAAGUAGAGACAGCAGAGAAGAACUCAUCUACAACAUCAGCAAAGUGUCAAGCAAACAAAGACACAACAGAGCAUCUCAAAACUGAGAAAAACCUCAGUUCAAACACAACAACCAACCAAGAAGCAUCCCACAACCCUGCACCUAACCUCAGUGCACACACACCCCUCCAAUCCAGUGCUAAAAAAUCCACUCUCAUCCCUCGGAGGCCUGCACACGCCCUUCAGACUGUUGCCGAUAAAAGUCCUGAGCCUGACUUCCUCCAAGGAUCAAACACUACAAAAGAAACUAGUACACAAAGCUCCAAGGCGAACAGCGCACACACAGACUCAAACAAAGAACAGUACUCACAAAAACAGACUGUGCUGCCACAACCAGUGUCACAAACACAGGCUGUUCACACACAGUCACAAAACUCCUCCGAAAUAACUCCCAUCAAGACUCCCACCACCAACAACCAUGUUUCCACCUCCUCUGCCUCUGAAAAUAACACCAAUGUUUCUCUCUCAUCCUCUGUUCCUCCUCUUACCUCUUCCUCUUCUGCAACUCCGAAUCUGCCCCUCCCUUCUUCCUCUUCUUCGCCUCCAACACCUCCCAUCCCAAAACCUCGGACUUUCCAACUACUCAUAAAAGAUAGCGUCACUAGUGAUGGCAAGAGGCUGCAGCAGUUCAGCGUUUCCAAGAAGUCUGAGACCAUUACAAAGCCGGUAGUGAUCCAAAAUGAGUCCAAUGCUGAAAUGGCCCCAGAAAAACAAGCUGAGAUUGUCCCACGACUGCAAAACAGUGGGGACACAACAGAAACAGGAAAAGAUCUGGAAAACAUGGUAAAUAUUUCAGGAGCUCCUCAAGAAAAAGAGGCCAGGACUUCACAAGGGUUUGAGAAAGCAGUCUUGGGAACUACCCUAGAAGUAAUGCCAGAAAAACUCCCCGGGAGCACAACGGGAACACAGACAAAUGCUCAAAACACUGUAAAUGCUGAAAAUGAUCCUCAGGAAAAAGAGGCCAGGGCUUCACGAGACAAUAAGGUAGCGAUCUCAGGUAAUAUCUCAGCAGUAAAACCAGAAAUACAGCCUGAUAAUAUAAAAGGAACACAGAAAGUUGCACAAAACACAGUAAAUUCUCAGAACAAUGAUGCCAGGGCUUCGCAGAACGAUAAGGUAGCAGUCUCAGGAAACAUCUUAAAAGUAACGCAAGAAAAACAGCCCAACAUUGUCACAGAGUCACAAAACAGUGGAAGCACAUCAGGAACACAGAAUGAUGUCCAAAGUGCAGUUAAUACUGAAGACAGUCAAAAGCAAAAAGAGGACAGGACUUUGAAGGACACUAAGGAAGCAGUCCCAGAUACUGUCCUUGAACCCAGUGGUUUAACAUCAACUAAUAGCAAAAGAAACCCUAUGACAGAUGUAAAAUUGACAGAGACGAAUGCUUCAGGGAAAGUAGCAACAUGCAAAGAGAUAGCCAAAGCACCGAAUCAAACCAGUAAAAAUGCACCAAAUUUCAAAAGAAGCAGUGAAAAAUUACCUGCAGUAGAGGACACUUCAAACAAGGAGGCAAAGCCAAAGGAUACAGAAAGAUUAGACUCAAGAAAGCCAACCAAUAACACGCACAGCACCUCACAAGAAAUAAAUCCAAAAUCCCGUGAAGGCAAGCACACGCCAGAAAAAACCCUGCGCUUACCGCUUUGCGAGACAAACACGCCAGACUUGCUUUCACCUGAAAGAGAAUCACGAUGGCUAACGGCUCUCGCGCGCACCCCAACUCCAGACGGAUUACCUUCACCUUCUUCAGAGUCCCGAACACACACCCCAGAUCCACGGUCGUACACUCCAGACUUUCGUACCCCAACCCCAGACGUUAGUGACGGGUAUGUUUCUGCAAUAGAGGACUCCAAUCUCUCCACCACCUCAGAGGAGUUUUACGACUGUGUCGGCUCUCCUCUUGUUGAACCUAAUUUUUACCAGGAAGUUAAUCCCAAUGGUGGGACAACUGAGGAUCAUGUUAGCCUCACAAACACGAAUUCUCCAAAUGCUGCCAACAAAGACAAAAAUUGUACCACAAAGACCUCUAGCAGCGAAAUUCAGAAUUUACCAGCGAAAGCCACAUCGUCUUCUAAACUUGAAAAAGAAGAGAACAAAGAGGAGGAAUGUGUGAACAAGGACAAUGGGAGGGAAAGAGAUGAAAAUAAAGUGUCCAAGCAAGCUGAAGGGAAUUCUCAGGGAGCGAUGAGGACAGACAAGAAAGUUAAAGAGUCAAAAGAGGUGGUAGAAAAUAACAAGGAGGCUCCUAAGAAGAAAAAGGUGGUGAACCAGUCAGCAGCAGAGAAACAGGUCGAAGGAGGAGGGACUCUAGGAACGAAAGAUAAAGUGGAGACGAGGCGGUUGUCCACAAGUGACAUUAAAACAAAGCCGGUCUGCAAGGAGAAAGAGGGAUCAAACAAGGAGAAGGCGCCAUUAGGUUCCAGCGUUGUGAUGAGGCGAGAAAAGCCGCAGACGACUCGAGAGACUGAAGGGCAGAAGCUUUUGAAUAUGUCCUCCAAACCCGAAGACAAGCAGCAAGACAAUGUAGCUUCCUCCGCUUUCCGUCCCACCAGACCUGCUCGACCCCUUUCAGGCCAGUAUGUGGGGCCUCGUCCCUGGGGAGGCUCUCUGCUGAACAAGACAGAAGGCUUGGUGUACCAUGGUAGUUUUCAAGUUCUGGAUAACGCUAACAAACCAAUGAGACCACCUCCUCCAGGUACAGCAGGUGCCCUUGGGUCAACUGGGCGAAGGCACACAGAAGUCUCCCGCAGCCAGCAGAGCCUCCUUUCUCAACAGUCUUCAGCGGAUGGACGUAAACCAAAGGCUUCCAUUUUCCUGACAAACUCACAGACACAUCUCAGCUCUCAUUCCCACAAUCAGGCGCUUUUGACAAACCGAAAAGUGGAAGGAAUGUCCCCGUUUAGCUUCACUUUCAGCAGGCUGUACAGCCUCAAGGACCUGAAGGACAAGAUGAGCAAGCUGCCAGUGCAGAGCAAAAGAAGCAGCACUGAUUCUCCAUCACAGGGACGCAAGAGCACAAGUUAGUCAUCUCUGCAAAACAAUUGGGUUACAUCUAAACAAAGCAAAAGAAUAGAUGGUUAAGCAAGAAAGAACAGAAAAAAUAGCUCUGGCAUGGUAAAUGUAACAAGAACAAAUACUGAAAAAGGCCCUUUUUAUAGCCUCUGAUCCAAUCACAUGAAACCCUGCAUUUAGCUCCGGCUGAGUUUCAGAAAGAAGCUUAACUUUGACUUGUGAAUUGACCCAUGUCUUGCCUGUCUCAUUAGUUGGACUGUAUUCCUACAUGAAAGUUUGUGUGUGUUUUUUUAAGUAUGAAACUGCUCUUGCAUAUAGUGUUGCUCAUUACUGGGCCAAAGUAAGUGGGAUUAGACACGUGUAUCAUCUUUUUAAAUCUACAUUUUAUUCAAAAUGUUGCUGCCUUCAACAGUUCAUGCUGUCUGGUGCUAUCAGUGGCCUGGGGUCUCAUUUAUAAACAUUGCACACAGAAGAGGGUCUGAAUUUGGUGUACGCCACUUUCCUUUUUUUGGGGGAGGGGGGGCUUUUUUGCCUUUACUGCAGAGCUAGGACAGUCGAUAGAUACAGGGAUGAGAGCAAGGGGAAUGACUUGACUAACCUGUGGGCCUAACAGGGUCACCUUUUUAACCAUGAACUGUCAACCUUGUUUCACAGAUAAUAAAAUGUGGGAAA